CGGCCCGACUGUAAAAGAGACGGCCCGACUAGUAAAAGGCCGGCCCGGCGCCGCGCGGCGCGUCGAGGCGCCUUGGGUGUUGCCCUCCCGACGUUCGCUGCGGGCAGCCGCUUCAUUCAGGCCGCCGCGCGCGCGGGCAGCCCCCCAGCGAAACAGGCUGUUUUGACGCCGCCGCCGCUACACGCCGAGCUCGCCUCUCGCUCGUUAAACACGGCCGAAGCUCCCUUACUGAAAGGAGCAAACGCAACUGGGUGGCCCCACACCCAGCGACAAAAACGGUGGACGCGCCCGCCGGAACGCCGCCGCACCGCGCCGAGCUCGCCUCUCGCUCGUUAAACACGGCCGAACAUGGAGAACCGGAACGCCCACUCGUUACAAAGACAAAAUGAACUCGAGCAGCAGCUCAUGAGCCGCAGCGCGCCGAACGACGCGGUACUACCAGAGCCGCGACCACCACCACAAAAACCGAGGACUGACUUGGACGCGCUCUUCGCGCUCACAAAACGCUUCUGCUGCGUCCAGAUCGGCAACUGUUUUAUACUAUUGAUUGCCGUCCCGGCGUCGAUCUACUGCAUGAUCCUGUCCAUGGGGAUACUGAUCGGCUUCCUCGGAUCAAUCAAAUUCGUGGAGGUGCGGUGCGCCGCGAAGAGCGAGCGGGAGAAGCGCGACGUCUUCGGAAGGCACUGGCUGCUGCUGAUGCACCUGUGGCUGCCCUACGCGGCCAUGACGCGCGCCCACGAGGCGUGGCGCUUCUCGGCGCCGGUCUGGGCCUACGGGCUGGGCUCGACGGUCUGGGUCAUCUUCGGGCUUUAUCAGAGGCAGCUCGGAUUACGGCCGGAGAUCCGGCUGUGGACGGGCGCCGUCGUAAGCGUGUCCUUCCUGGCGCACGUGCCCUACACGGACAUGGGCCAGCCCAUCGAGGGGUUGUUGGUCGCGGGCGGCAUCGCGUUCGGGGAAUUAUUAGGAUUAACGCUCGAGGCGCAGCGGGCCCAGGUCCAGGUCGAGGUCGAGCGCGAGGCGCAGCGCGUCCUGAACCACACGGCGAAGCGACUGAUGUGCAACACGGCCCAGGCCGCGCAAUUAGUUUUAUCUCAACUAGAUGAUUUAGCCUCAGACGACCCCGUCGUGCGGCACACGGCGCGGUCCGAGUCCGAGGAGGUGCUGCGGAGCUGCUGGGCCGCGACGGUCAUGGGCUACAACGCUUGUAGAGCAAACUUACUACAAAGACGCUUACACCAUUCGAUCCGGGAGCCCUUUGGCGUUGAUGAGUUAUUAACAGCAGUAUGUUGGCCGCCCGCGAAAUUUAUCGUGCAGAAACCUAGGACUUUUUGCAGGCCUGCGGGUGAUCGAGUGUUGGUGGAGACCGUAUUAUUCAACGCGACGCAGAACGCGCGGUUACACGGUGGAGAUGCCCCGGUCCAAGUCAGCGCGGCCUUCUCGUGCCACGAGGACGACUGCGACUUGCGAUUGGAAGUGAUCAACGUCGCGGGGCGGAACCACGCCCAGCUCAGAGCGCUCCGGGUCCAGGAUUUAUUAGCUGCGGACGUCGACUUCGCGUCGCUCGGGAUGGGGACGGCCGAGUCCACUUUUUUGGGUCUGCGGGACAUCACGCUCGCUGCCAAGGCCAUGGAGCCUCCUGCCAGUGUGGAGCUGCGCGUCGAGGAGGAUUGCGUGAGGUUCGUCAUGGUGUGUACGUUGAAGGUGGCGUCGGACGAGGAGCCCGUGCAGCGGGGCGUCAAGCGUAGUCGUGACUUGCCCGAUGGGUUGUGUUAUGUGGUCUUAGAUGAUGACAAGAUCACGCGGUUGUUGGCGCGCAAGCAAAUUGCGAAAUUCGGCCCUCAUCCUCGUUCCAUCGUGUUGGGCGAGUCGAGGCAGGAAGCUCUAUCUGUUCCUGAAAGGGUUAGAACGUUAGCUCACGAGUUGGGCGAAGAAAACGUCGUCGUCAUCUUAGAUCAGAACUUGAACUAUCCCGACGGCGACGUCCUCGGCACCGACCUCGCGUCGACUUUACGUAGAAACGCCUACGGCGGCACGAUCGUCAUCCAGUCGGCCAACGCCGAGCCCUCGGACUGUAUUACGUAUGCCGACGCCGGCGCCGACGGCACGCUCGCCAAAGGUGUUUUAGCAGCUACUUCAGCAGCGGAGCUCGCGCUGAUCUUCUGGGGGCGGUUAGCCAAGGGCCGCAAGCGGAGCCGCACGUAGUAGUUGCGGCACACAGGCCCUAGUGAGGGCACUCUCUCCUCUUAAUCUUAUUUCCCUUCUCUUUCUGGUGUUUCCU